GGUCCAAAAAACAAAUAAUAACAACACAACUCUCGCUCGCACUAACGAAAAUGGACAGUUUAUGGCAGGAGCAGAAUUCUGGUGUUGGAUUUCAGUUGCCGGAGAGUCCACGGAAGCCGAUGGAGUUUUUAUCAAGAUCAUGGAGUGAUGCUCCGCUUCAAGUCUCCAAAACUCUGCAUUCUAUUUCUCCGCCGUCUCCGUUGAUUCCUAAGGCCGGAAUAACCGCUAGUAGAAACACCACAAAUUCGAACACUACGUCGGAGAACAACGGUAGUGUUUUCAGCGUCGAUGCAGCGGAGGAGUCAGUGGUUAUGACGACGGCGGCUUCGCUUUCAGGCAACACAUUUUCGUUUGCUUCCUCCGCCACUUCGCAACUCGUGCUUGAACGAAUCAUGUCACAGUCGGAUAUAUCGCCAUUAGCAUCAGGGAGGCUGUCACACAGUAGUGGACCACUGAAUCCAUCGCACAUGGAAGAAAUCGACAGUCCACAUAUAUCACCGUCCGAUGAGUAUGACGACGUCGUUAAGUUUUUGCGGGCCAACAACACCCUGCAACCCUUGUUUGCCAAUGGUAGAAGCGGAUAUGGGUGUAGCACCACCCCUGCCGGAAAAACAGUAGGAAGGUGGUUAAAGGAAAGGAGAGAGAAAAAGAAAGAAGAGACGCGGGCUCACAACGCACAGCUCCAUGCAGCUGUGUCGGUUGCUGGAGUGGCAGCAGCAGUAGCUACUAUUGCCGCUGCCACUGCAGCAGCAUCGUCUUUACAAAAAGACGAGCACAUAGCCAAGACCAAUAUGGCCGUGGCCUCCGCUGCAACUUUGGUUGCUGCACAGUGUGUCGAGGCUGCGGAGGCCAUGGGAGCUGAACGCGAGCACCUUGUUGCUGCUGUCAGCUCUGCAGUUAAUGUAAAAUCCCAUGGAGAUAUUUUAACUCUCACCGCUGCUGCUGCAACCGCUUUACGUGGUGCAGCAACGUUGAAGGCAAGGGCGUUAAAGGAAGUAUGGAAUAUUGCAGCAGUAAUACCAGUGGAGCGAGGGGGCCUUAAAGAAAGCAAAAGUCAAGGAAAGAAUAAUGGCUACUGUGAGCAACCUCCCCUUCCCCCUGAAGAGAAUUUUCUUGGGAUCUGUAACCAAGAACUCUUAGCCAGGGGGAGUGAGCUACUCAAACGCACUCGCAAUGGUGAUCUUCAUUGGAAAGUUGUGUCUGUUUACAUUCAUCGAACAGGUCAAGUGAUGCUAAAGAUGAAGAGCAAACAUGUCGGUUCUACCAUUACCAAAAAGAAGAAAAAUGUGGUGUUGGAGGUUGUCAAGAACAUGAUGGCAUGGCCAGGGAGGCAUUUGUUUGAUGGAGGAGAGGAGCGGCGGUAUUUUGGGCUGAGGACAGUUGGGCGUGGAUUGGUGGAGUUUGAAUGCAGGACGCAAAGAGAAUAUGAUAUGUGGACUCAAGAUGGUGAACGCCAUGAUUGA